AUGGAGAAUACUUCAAUGCCGAAUUCCACCUCCAUUUUUGAAAACACUGAGUCGGAUUCAGGCCUGUCUGACACGGUUGGAGACCUAUUCCAGCUGAUUGUGCAGAGCGUCAUUUUCUUAUUCGGCGUGCCCGGUAACUGCCUCAUACUCCGUGUCUACUGGACAAAGACUCUAACAACCAGCACCCAUGUUUUCAUCAUGGGCUUAGCCUGGGCCGAUCUGGCAGUCUGCGUGCUGGCUGUGCAUCGUAUUUAUUAUCAGGUUUCUUAUAUGGCUGGCUAUAAGGUUCCGCAGUUCACGUUUAUUUUUUGGGCUCUUGAGACAACAGCCAUCGCUACGUCGAUUAUGAUGACCGCUGUGAUCGCAGCGGACCGCUACGACUGCGUAUGCCGGCCACACCGCCGGUUCUUCACCCACAAACGCGGCAAGAUAUCAGCUUUGGCGGCAUUUGUAUUCUCACUGGUCAUCAAUAUUCCUGCCUUCAUACCCACAACCCCUGGAUCUAGCGAAAGUCAGUCCGUGGCCCUUUGGAAGUUGGCAUUCCAGGUUAUUUGCUUCGUCGUUGCGCUCGUGAUGAUCGCCCUGUGUUACGGCAAAGUCUACAUGACCAUCAAGAAACACACCAAAGUCGGCGUCAAAAGUACCACUCGAGAUUGCAGAUUAGCGGACCAAUGUUCGACAAGGCCACACGAUUCCGUGCUCACAAAUGUUGAACCGAACAUUGCUGCCGUCUCUUCCGUAUCGACGUUAACCAAACCAUGCUCGAGUACGGCAGCUGAUGCCAGUAGAAUGGUAGAAAGCAAGGGAGCACCAGGCCACGAACUCGACGAAUCGACCUUUGACGAAAGCGGGAAAAGAUGGGCCACUCACCCACAAGCGAAUUUGACCACACAUGAACUUGCGUCAAAGCAUACACAAUCUCGUGUUGAGAAGAAUGACAGUUAUCCUCGCCAACACCAAGGUAAUGCAGGACGUGCACAACCAAAGGCAGAUGCAGCAGUUUUACAGCGUAAGACAACCAGGAUGCUCUUCAUCACCAGCGUUGUGUUUCUCCUGACCUGGCUACCCUACUGGAUGCGUCUUGCCGCUGUGUUUGCGUCCUACUUCGACCCAGUGUUCGAAAUGAUCCUCGGGCAGCUCUACGUAACUCUUUACGUCAACAACGCAGUGAAUCCGCUGAUUUACGGACUUGCCAACAGACGGUUCAGGAAAGACUGCAAGGCAGUUCUCAGUAAGAUUAGGCUCUGUUAA